AUGGAGAAUCCAGUCCUCGAGAUCCCCGCCGCUAUCCGUCUCCUAACGCAGGGCGUCCCUUCCUUGCAAGAAAAGGCGAUUGAGCGCUUUUUCACACAGGAUGCAGCAUUCAUCCACCCUUUCUGCCGUGUGCCCCAUUUCGAAGGAAGCCGCUGGUACAUCACCAAGAUUUUCCAGUGGUACAAAUGCAUGUCACCACGAGUCGAGAUAGAAAUACAUUCGACGGCUUUUGACGAAAAAAACCUGAAGCUAUACGUCCACAUGUCUCAAAUAUUUUCCAUUUGGGUUGUGCCAUUCCAUGUCGCACCGGGGGAGAAUCGCACUGACGGGGUCGAUACUCUGUACUACAUUACGCAGCAGGAAGACCUCUAUCAGACCUCGGAGUUUGUGAAAUUUAUCCUCCCGCACGUUGGCUAUUGGCUUGUACUGGGCUGGCAUCUGAUCGCGACCCUGUUCUGUGUUCUGGGUUCUUUCUUCCUCUGGCCCAUGUUAUGGCUAGAGGAGAAUGGGUAUCUCCCUGGCUGGAUUGCGAAAGGAAAUGUGGCUUACGAUAUGGACCUGAAGAUUCAUGAGAUUAAGCAGAGUUGA